AUGGCCAAUCCACUCGAUUCCAUGAAGUCUACAUGGCGAGAGGCCGAUAAAAGCACUUGGUCGACACACCACUAUAUUAUCGACUUUCUUAAUGUGUAUCACACCGAUCUCGACAAGCCCGUCCCCGUCUUCUCCAAGGACGACAAAAUCCCGCAUAUUCCGCAACUACCGCAGCAUCUUUGGGUCAUGUUUUAUGCAAUGAUCCCAUUAGGCAUUCAUCAAGCUCUUCUUUCCGUCUAUCCACUCGGCGUGGGACGCCUGGCAGCAUUCACCCUCUAUUUCAUCUCGUUCAAUGCCAUUAUUAUCCGCGAAGUGCACAUUCUUCGCCGUCUCGCACAUCAACAUGGGUUUCUUGACGGAGACGUUCACGGACGCGACGGUGUACCUGAUAUUGGCGUGAGCAGAGUCGCCAAGUCACUGUACAAAACUACUGGAUCCCGUCUGGCCCUCGCCAUCUAUAUAUCCUACAACCCAGCCAUUUCCCCCCUCGACGUCAUGAGCCAGCCGUCGUGGUGGGGUUGGCUGUUGCUUGAAAUCGGCCUAUAUGGCAUCGUUCUCGACUUUUGGUUUUAUUGGUACCACCGCGCCAUGCACGACGUGGGCGGGCUGUGGAAAUUUCACCGCACUCACCAUCUCACCAAACACCCCAACCCGCUGCUCGCUGCGUACGCUGACCACGAGCAAGAAUUUUUCGACAUGGUCGGAGUUCCCUUCAUGACCUACGUGACACUGCGUGCUAUCGGCCUGCCACUGGGCUUUUACGAAUGGUGGAUUUGCCACCAAUAUAUCGCCUUCACUGAAGUCUUUGGACAUAGUGGCUUGCGUGUGCACUUGACCGCUCCAUCCACCAUGGCUUGGCUUUUGGAAAUCUUUGAUGCCAAUAUUGUUGUUGAGGAUCAUGAUUUGCAUCAUCGUAAGGGCUGGAGGAAGAGCCAUAACUAUGGAAAGCAGACCCGUCUUUGGGAUCGGAUUUUUGGCACGUGUAUUGACAGGAUUGAAUCGAAGGCCCAGAAUGUUGAUUAUGUCAACAAGGGAGAUAUGCCUAUUUUCUGA